AUGCAUCCCGCAGCCCUGCUCAUCAGCCUCGCCGGCUUUGCAGCCGCAGUCCCACUUCCACACGAUAUGACAGAUGGCCAAGCCAUGAACAUGGCACACGACGCAGUCCAGCCCAAAGUAGAGACGUACGCCGAAUAUGGCGCCUACUAUACAGACUACGGAAACUACGCAAAGACGGACCAAGGCGUGGCCAAACGGACGAAGAUGGCUACAUACACGCCUCACAGCAAUUAUGGCUGCUACCCUGGUGCUUCCGUGGAAGACGUAACGAAUAUGAAGAAGCGCGGUUACUCUCGCUACGAUUCGCAUGGGACGUACCCUGAGGCUGUGGAUGACGAAGGCGGCAAGAUGGAUACGGAUAAGAUGAUGGCAAGACGCCACAUGAAGAUGACACACGAGGAGAUGAUGAAGAUGAUGAAGGACAACGGUGACGCCGACGACACCAUGAUGACAAAAGGGGAUAGCGACAACGACGACAACGACGACGGUACCAUGAUGCAGAAGCGUGACAUGCCUUCUACCUCUGAUACAGGAGAGCGCAAGGCACCGCACGAGUCGCUCCCAGACAACGAUGACAAGUAUCACAUCUACGAGUAUGUUCUCUUUUCCCUUUGGCAGGGUAUGGCGACGUUUGCUGAUCGGGGCGUGCAGUCCUUAUACGGAGUACGGGCAUUAUUCUGCUGCGGGUGGUGGUGA